GGGUGAUUCCAAUGACCGUGCUUUUUGGCUUUAGUCAUUAUAAAUUGAUGCACACACUGUGACUGUGUGAAGCAAAAAUUAAAUAUAAUGAAGCAUAUUUUUUUAGUUUUUACAAUCACUGCUAUUUCUUUAAAAACUUGUUUUUAUGCCCAAUUCAACUUUUCCCGCCGUUAUCUCGUUUGCAGAUAAAAAAAACUCAACCCCCGUUAUUACCGCCAAGUAUGGCGAUGAGAACGACGAAGACUUUGGAGCCCGAAUGGCAAACGCGGUCGAAGUACAAGAAGUGGAUGUGAACUUGUACAUGAGUAAGGAGCUCUGGUUACCGGCUGGUGCGCGUGGUGCUUUUGGUGGACAGAUCGUAGCUCAAGCUUUAAGGGCCGCCUUUCAUACAGUUACUGACGAGAUGGAUAUACAUUCGCUCCAUAGUUAUUUUAUUUUACCUGGCAAUGUUGAAGUACCAGUGAUUUAUCAAGUACAGCGUCUUCGAGAUGGAAGAUCUUUUGCUACCAGAGUUGUAACUGCCUCCCAAAGAGGUAAACCCAUCUUCGUAUGCAGUUUUAGUUUCACAAAAUUCGAUACCAGUGAGCAAUUGAACCAUCAAACUGAAAUGCCCGAAGCUCCUGCUCCAGAAUCACUUCCAUCUGAUGUAGAAUUGACACAAAAAGCAUUAGACCAGAAUGACUUACCACCUAAAUACCGCGAAUAUCUCAGGCUUCGCAUUGAGGAAAGCUCUCCCGUCGACUAUCGCGAAAUUGAAAUCCCACAACCAACGUUUGUCGCUCGUCGUUGGUUUAAAACCAGAGGUCAGCUUGGGUCCGAUAAGAGACUACAUGCUUGUGUGAUCGCAUAUGCAUCAGACAGUGGCUUUGUAGGAACUGCAGCCAAAGCAAAUGAUGUUCCUGCUAGAGGAAUUGGAAUGCUGGCCAGUUUGGAUCACUCUAUGUGGUUCCACGCACCCGCUAAAGCCGAUGAUUGGUUAUUAUAUGAUAUGCACAGUCCUCGCACAAAUGGUGGUCGUGGCGUUGUGUUUGGCAGAAUUUAUAGUAGAGAUGGCGUGCUGGUCGCAACUACUGCCCAAGAAGGAAUUCUUCGCUUAUCUAAGAGAGAGCAAGAUAAGCGUAGUAAAUUAAUACCCGCCCAAAGCAAAUUAUAGAUUAAAUUGUUUUUUUUUUUUCAAUAUUUAAACGUUACUCCAAUUCUCUUUAUGCAAGAUUCAUAAGUGGUUGUGCUAAUAAACGCAUCCUUAAAU